GCGGCCUUGAGACAAUCUGAUAAGCGCUGGCAAUGACCCAGCAAAAAGGUUCACGCCCAAUUCAUAAGACAUGAAAUAGAAAGCCUCUCAACCAGCGAUUAUCAAGACAGAAUGGAUUCCACAGAGACUGAAUCCACCAACGAUUAUGCGAUUGGGGCGGAUCUGGUCACAGUGCGAAUGUCCCUGGAAGAGUCGACUGCACAAACAAAUACACAACUGGGACUAAAUGAGCUAUAUACAGCAGCACCGGAUUCUACUAAGUCGAGUCAAUCCGAUAAUGACGGGCAGAAAGAUAUUAUAACUAAUGGUGGUGGGGUGAUGGUUGGAUUGUGUUCAAGCAAUACGAGCCACUCCAAUGAGACGGAUGACGCUGGCACACAUGCUGUUCUCACCGAAGGAGUUUCUGGCGGACAUGGUCCACACGCUGAGAUACCCAAAGAGAAUGCUAUACGCGAGCAAACCACACAUCAAAACGGCAAAGCCACGAUAAAGGCCACGACAAAAGCUGUGGAAAAUGACCCACACCCCCACGAUGGUAGAGAAGACCAUAUUGGUGAAAAAGACCAUAUUAAUGAAAAAGACUUCGUUGAUAGAGAAGACCUUGUUGAAGGUGAAGACCAUAUUGAUGGAGAAGACCAUAUUGAUGGAGAAGACCUCAUUGAUGGAGAUGAAAACCAUACAAGUAUCAUUGAUACACCCUCUGAGCUGUUGAAAAACCUAGAUGAAUCAAGUGCCAACAAAGCUGGACUCAAUGACAACGAUACAGAUUCCGAGGCUGAGGAGGACGAACCACCAUUACUCAAAUACUCCCGCUUGUCUAAGCUCCCAUCUACCUUCUUCAAGCGUGAUCCCGUGUCCUGCCUCCACGUCAACGAAAGCAUCUUCAUUUUUGCCACCCAUUCGGGAAUGGUACACCUUUGCAAGCCCGAUUACACCCCUAUUCGCACGUUCCGGGCCCACCGGGCCUCCAUCCUCUCGAUCCACACUGAUGGGGAGUUUGUAGCCACUGGAUCUAUGGACGGAACCGUGGUGAUUGGUUCUAUCGUGGAUCCGAAAGACAUUACCGCAUUUGACUUCAAACGACCAAUCCAUUCGGUGGUGCUCCUCAAGAACUACAACAAGGCCCGCAUGUUUGUUUCUGGUGGCAACUCCGAGAAAGUGAUUCUUUCCAGCCGCAACUGGAUCGGCCAGAGACAGGACACCACCCUCAACACCGAAAACGCUGGGGGCAUCAUCAGCAUCCAGUGCAAAGAGGACCUCCUCAUCUGGGUUAACGACGCCGGGAUUUCGUUCUAUAGUCUCGCCUUGCGCAAGUUUCUCCUUCAAAUCGACAAGCCCGAGGGAAUUCUCCGCGCAGACCUCUACUGGCCACAUGUGAACUUUCCCGAAAACGACACCAUUCUCGUGGCAUGGGCUACCUACAUCUGGUCACUCAAGCUUGAAAUCAAGUCACACGAGCUUCUUGGAUCUCUCGUAGACUCUCAGUCUAUUAUCUCCACCGCUACGUUCACGUCCAAGGCCAAAAUCAUUGGGGUCACGCUUGAAAACAUUCUAAAACUCGACGCGUUGAUUGCAGGCAUCUGUUCCUUCAAGAAUGACCUCCUUAUGUUGCUCGCGUACACCCCGGGUCAGAAUUCACCCGAGCUCAUGCUUGUAAACUCCACCGACGGCGAACUCGUAUUGGAGGAGGAAAUCGGGCUAUACACUGCCGCCAGCUUGGGGUUGAACGACUACCACUUGCACAAGUAUUCCAACGGGGCCAUCGAGCUGUACCUCGUGGUGAGCGCCCACGACGGGGUAGUUGCUGAAGAAUUGACAUUAAAGGAUCGUGUGGACUGGUACCUAGAUGCAGGGGCCUUUGACAAGGCGUGGGAAAUCAGCGAGUUUAUCAUCUCCAAAGACGAGCGGCUUAUAAUCGGAACCAAGCAUCUAGCAGUGUUGGUUGAGGCUGAUGACUGGCUCGCGGCUGCGACGUUCAUGGCCGUAUUGCUAGACCCAGAGUACUCCUCGAUACAUGGCGCCGGCGGCAAAGUCGACAAGAACUACAUGGCGAACCUUACACAGCAGUGGGAAAUGUGGCUUGGGAAGUUCAUUUCCUCCGGACACAUUCCGUUGGUGGCCCCUAUUAUCCCCCAGUCAAUCCACCUCGAUGCCAACUUCUACGACACCUUUUUGCUCUACUACCUACACGCUAAAAAUACCAAUGCGUUCAUUGUGUUGCUCAGAAAAUGGAACCGAUCGUUGUACAGCGUCAAAAUAGUGGAGAAUGCCAUGGAAGAGUACCUAGAGACCACGGAAUGCCACUAUUUACGCGAAGCUCUUACUCAGAUAUACAUCGACACCUUCGAUGCUGCACUUGCCAUCCCCCAUCUCAUGCUUCUCAGGCGUUCAGAUACCCUCAAGAUUCUUUCGCGUCACAGCCUUUUGGCCAGUCACGCUGACUUGAUUCCCACCAUCCUCACCAUGAAUUUGUCUCUUGAAGAACAGGAAUUGGUCCAUUCAGGCGCGGGGCCGCCGGUGCUCGUGUCACAGCUACAAAAACAGCUCUCUCCGCACAUUGAGCUUUUAAUCCAUCACCGACACGAGCUCAAACCAGAGGUGCUAGUGGACCUCUUGAAUCAGCGUGACUUGCAGUACAUUUCGUUUCUCUACCUUAGAAAGUUAAUGAAGGUAGACACCGACUCGACAAUUCCCUUCCAGGAUGGCCUUGUUUCGCUAUACAUCCGCUUCUGCACUGAUGGUUUGUUGGAGUAUUUGUCCAAACACAACCAUUAUGAUAUCGAGCGAGCAAUCCAGUUGUGUGAAAAGGAGCGGAUGGUGCCGGAGCUCGUGUACUUGUUGGGUAAGGUGGGCCAAAACCGGAAGGCGCUUAUGUUGAUUAUCAACGAACUUGGCGACGCUGAGUACGCUAUCUCGUUUACGCAGACGCAGCAUGACCGAGAACUCUGGGAGUAUUUGAUUGACUAUUCCAUGGAUAAGCCCAAAUUUAUCAGGGCCUUGAUAGAACUUUCGAACGAUUUCAACGAAGGGUGUGCGGGGAUAUCAGCUUCUUCCAUCGACUACCACAUUGACCCUGUAGAUAUCGUUUCCAAAAUUCCGCACGACGUGGAAAUCCAAGGCUUACGGGCCUCCAUUUGCAAGAUCUCCGCUAACAACGAUCUAAGCUUGUUGGUCAACAAGAAAGUGUCGCAGAUUAUUAGCACUCAAAACCGACAGACUUCCAGUGGGUUUGUGGAUAUGAAGACCCGGGGUUUCGAAGUUGCUCCGGACGAGCAUGUCGGAAUUUUUGACAAGUUCGAGACAGUUAUCAAGCGUAUCCUGGAGGAGACAUUGGUCACUGAGAAGGAUUUCCUAGGAGAGGAUUUGGUCUGGCGUGGCUUCAGCAGAACAUUACGGGAUAAGCUCAUUCACCAGGAGUAUAUUGUCGAGGCAAAGGUGACAUGAGCUGCCAUGUAUGGAUAACCUUGCAAGGUUUUUACGAGGUACGGCUAUAUAGGAUUUCAGCCGAACCCAAUUGGUUGGGUUGUUUUCCCAGGUACAUUGUUCGGUGGAUAACCACCGCGGACUCCUCAGCCUGGGGACUCUAAAGCUGUAUCGUCUUUCGUGCCUAAAUGUGUCUAAUGGUCAAAUAUGUUGAUGUUAUCAGUUUGGAAUACUUUGUCCACAAAUUUCACUCUAGAGCUGUUAUUUCCCUUGAAACUAUAUGAUGAAUAGCUAGUAAAAUUUAUG